UUUUCGAAUCUGGCUCUUUGGUCUUGAUAUAACGGGGAAAAAAACCUUUCUUAUUGGGCUUAAUUCUACUAGUCAUAGAUUUUCAUUGAUACCAGUAGCUUCCCUUCUCAGCUGUCAGUAAAUAGAUUAGAUGGGGAGUCCAGGUCAUAUAUAGCAAGUACUGGAACUCUUCUUGCCUGGGUGGAUUUUGUAGACAGGCUCCUGAAUUGCUAAGGUUGUAAUUUUACUAAAUUCUGGUUGGGUACACUGUAAAGCCACAUUUGGAUUGAACUGACCCUAGGUGGUAAACUAGCUGAAACCCAACUGCAAAUAGUAAUAUUUAGUGGGGGCAUUAAUUUGGGGAAGACAACAAUUUUUAUCUUCUUCCCCACCUGCCCUGGAAUUUUUAACUGAUAUUCAAAAAAUGACCGUGCAGCUUUCAACUGCAAAUGUAGCCCCAAAGACAUAACUUGCUCUCCUGCUCCUCUCUUUCCCUUUCCUAGCUUCCCUGCUGAGAGGGACCUUUCUUGGGGGUAAAGGGAGGAAAGAGGGAGAGAGACUGAUCCUUUCCCAGGAGCUUGGUUGCUAUCUUGGCAGCACUUUCGGGCCUCAAGCAAUUUUAAACUUGCUUUCUACUGUCAAAGCUAAGAAAUACUUGAUGGUGAUGUAACCAGGUAUGAUACUGACCCUUUUAAUGGCCAUGAGCAGGGUCCCUAAGCCUGCCAUCAUCUCUGGAUGGAACGAGAGGAAGAGCUGUGUGCUCCAGUUCUCCAGGACUCUGAGGAAAGGGAGAUCCUCUUUGGGGCCUCCACAGGAGACAGUGAGAGUGUGAAUGAGCAUGAGGAGAAGAACUCCCAGGAAGAUGGUCCUGAGAAUGUGGAACAGUGUGGGACGAUAUCAGAGGGGUUUGAAGAGAAUGUCUUCCAGAGCCCUGAUGAGGAGGAGGCCUAUGAGGGCCAGUACAUGUCAGAAACGCAGCAGGGAGACCUUCCUGGUAAGAUACUGGGUAACUCCGUUCAUCCAGAAAGAGAUUUGGAGGCUCUCCAAGGUAUCAUCAUCCACCAGAGAAUUCCUAUAGGGGAGAGACCCUAUGUAUAUACUGAAUGUGGGGAGGGCUUCAGUCAGAGCUUGAACCUUACACAGCAUGAGAUAACACAGACGGGAGAGAAACCUCAUAAAUGUACUGAAUGUAACAAAAGUUUCAGUUGGCGCUCAGACCUAAUUAAACACCAGAGAACCCACACAGGCGAGAAACCCUACAUAUGUAGUGAAUGUGGGGAAAACUUUAGUGUGAGCUCUCACCUUUUCACUCACAAGAGAACCCACACAGGAGAGAGACCCUUCCACUGUAACGAAUGUGGGAAAAGCUUCAGCCGGAACUCUCACCUUAUUAACCACCAAAGAAUCCACACCGGAGAGAAGCCCUUUGAAUGUGCUCAGUGUGGGAAGAGCUUCAGUGAUUUCUCAACACUUACCCAGCACCAGAGAACCCACACGGGUGAAAAACCCUACGUAUGUGUUGAAUGCGGGAAAAGCUUCAUCCAGAGCUCACACCUCGUCAGGCACCGGAGAAUCCACACAGGAGAGAAACCCUAUAAAUGUGCUGAGUGUGGGAAAAGCUUUCGAUACAAGAGUCACCUUUCCCAACACCAUAAACUCCACAUGGAGUAGAAAGCACAGCCAUGAGAGCCCCUGUCCUGCUCACAGAAACUGAUGCAUAAAUUAUUAUAUGGUGUGAUGACAUCGAGAAGGAACUACAAAGGGAGGGAGCACAUUCUUAAUGCAAGUAGAUUGUUCUAGGAUGGAUGGGGGGCGCUGAGUGUUGGGAAUGAGUUUGAUGUUGAUAGGAAUCAAUCAUUUGCGGAUCGGGGGAACAAGAUGAGAGAGGCAGCGGGGGGAGUUGAUCAUUUGGGAUUCAGAGGGCUGGGAGGUGGGAGGAAUUAGGGUGCUGAGGGAAUUUGGUGCUAAGGAACAUUGUUUGGAGUACAGCAAAAUAGAGGGACAAGAGGGGAAAUAUAUAUUUCAUUGUCUUAUUAAGAAGUCAAAAACAAUAAAUUGGGCGCCAAGACAGAUACCUGGCUCAUAAGAUGUUAGAGCCAAUGUCCUGGGAAAUGCCUCACUUACUGAACUGAGGAAGACAAAGUGCCCUUUGUUCUCUCUGGCAUUGUCUCCAGCAAUGGUUUCCUCAUUUUAGAUUAUAUUUAUUUGUAGCUGCUAUUUUAGGAGCUCAGUUAAAUCUGGGCAAAAAUGUCCCAGUUUUCUGGUACAUGUUAUAAUAUCUAGUUUUCUGUUGCGUUGUGUCUCCCCCUCCUGAAAUAAAACUUUAAA